UUUUCAUACAAUAUCCCAUAACAAAAAGAAACCUUCUUCCUAUUCUUUUCAACAAUAUUUCCUUGCCUUAAUAUUUCAUAUAUCUAAUUCACCACACGACCAUGGCUCCUGCUCCUCAACUACCAACUCUAUCUGAAACAAUAACCACAGAAAUCCCAUCAUCGGAAAAUAACAACAACGUUACGAUCACCGGAAAGAUAUACACACGAGUUCGUCUCGCUACAAAAUCUGAUCUGUCCCAUAUAUACCAAUUGUUUUAUCAAAUUCAUGCAUACCAUAACUUUACUCAUUUAUACAAAGCUACUGAGUCCUCUUUAGGUAACUUGCUUUUUAAGGAAAAUCCUCUUCCCCUUUUCUACGGGCCAUCUGUACUAUUACUCGAAGUCUCCCCUACCCCUUUUACCGAACCCAAAAAUAACACGGACGAAGGGUUCAAGCCUGUCCUUACAACGUUCGACCUUAAAUUCCCCGUUGUGGAAGAACAAGUUGAGGAGUUCAGGUCCAAAUAUGAUGAUGGUAACCAUAAGAGUGAUGCUUACAUCGCGGGAUAUGCUUUCUUUUACGCGAAUUAUUCAUGCUUCAAUGACAAGCCCGGAUUCUAUUUCGAGAGCCUUUACUUCAGAGAGAGUUAUAGAAAGUUAGGAAUGGGGAAAUUGUUGUUUGGAACAGUUUCCUCCAUUGCUGCAAACAAUGGAUUCGUAUCGGUGGAUGGAAUAGUCGCAGUUUGGAAUAAGAAGUCAUAUGAUUUUUACAUAAAUAUGGGAGUUGAAAUUUUUGAUGAGUUUAGGUAUGGAAAGUUGCAUGGUGAAAAUCUCCAAAAGUAUGCUGAUAACAAGGAGAAAACUGACGAAGAGAGCUGUUAGUGUAGUUCUUUUUUCAUGCUUAAUUGUGCAAUUUAUCGAUUUCUAUUUGUAAUUUUGUAAAAUCAGAAGGCUCAUUACAUUUGUAUUUGAAUUUUUUUAAUUGGUAAGUAAUUAUCAUUUUAAACUGCCCCUAUUCAAUUUAUAUGAUCAUCUUUAAUAAAAAAAAAGUAGGAAUGUUGAAUACUGA